AAAAAAGGUCCACUCAGAAAAAGGUCUACUGAAAAAAAUGCCUACUGAGAAAAGAUCCAUUGAGAAAAGGCCCACUGAAAAAAGGCCCACCGAGAAAAGACCCAAAUAAAAAAGAUCCAAUUGAAAAAAGGCCCACUGAAAAAAGCCCACCGAGAAAAGACCCAAAUAAAAAAGGUCCAAUUGAAAAAAGGCCCACUGAAAAAAGGCCCACCGAGAAAAGACCCAAAUAAAAAAGGUCCAAUUGAAAAAAGGCCAACUGAAAAAAGCCCACCGAGAAAAGACCCAAAUAAAAAAAGGUCCAAUUAAAAAAAGGCCCACUGGAAAAAAAAAAAAAACGAAAAAUCCCAUUGGAAAAACGAUUCAUUGGAAUAAAAAUGCCCACUAAAAAGGCCAAAUUGAAAACAGGCCGAACGGAAAAAGGCCUACUAAAAAGGCCCACAUGAAAAUACCCAAUGGAAAAAAUCCCAUUAAUACAAAAAAAAAGACCCACUAAUACACCAAAGAUUGUAUUUCACACUUUCUUGAGCCGUCAGUUGUGCCUUGUAAUCACGCUCUCAACUUGCACCUCGUAAUCAUGCUCUGGACUCGCACCUCAACAUUUCAUCUGCUUUGAAAAGUGUGUCAAAGAGCCACAGGUGUGUAUUAAUGACCCGUGCCUUCUCCUCCCACCUGCUGCCCACACUGCUCAGUACUCGUUGGAAAUUGCGCCCUGCAGGAUACAAAUUCUGAGUACUAAAAUUAUUUAAUUGGUUGAUGAGCUCCGAUAAUGUAGCUUUGGAAAUAUUCCUCGCGUAAAGUGAUGGAAGAAACAGUAAGCCUUUUGAUAUGCGAGUAUUAAGUGCUUCGGGUAAUACUUGAAAACCCUGUACACAAAGGACUGAAGGUUGAAAUGGUCAGUGCAAACCCUCACAUUCGAACAUCUUACACCCAGAAAGCAAGACGAAAGACAAAUGAAAAUAUAAACUGCUCAUCAGCAGAAACUAACCUAUUGAAAAUGCCUGCACCUCGGAGUGAGAGGCAGAGGCGGAGUAAGCAGGCCAAUGAGGAAAGCUGAGGAAAUCCAUGAAACGUUAAGCUGGAUUAGCGAGACUUGACGAGCACAGCGGCGACGCAUUUCAAGAAAGUGACAAAGCCGGAGUGUGAUUGAAGCAAUGAGAGAAUGGCGCCCCUACCUUCGCUGGGCGCUGCGGCUGCUCCUCGUGGGCGUGGCGGGCGUGGUGGGAGCGGCGCUCUUCACAAGCUCCCUGCUCAUAGGUACCACACUCCGAAAUAAGAAGCGAGGAAGGGAGAUAAUUUCGAGACAGUUUGGAGAUAGUUUCGUUCCUGUGAAAUGAAACUCCACAGGUGUUUUCAACGCACGCUGUGUCUUCAGGCGCAGCAAACGAGGCGCUGGUUGAGAAAGCUUCGUCGCAAACACCUCCUGUCGCUGCCCCCGUCUCAGACACAGCUGAGCCGCUCCCUCGAGGCAACCCAGGCAGCAAAAUACCUCCUCACUUGAAGAAUCGACUGUACUUCUCCUCCUAUGAUGGCACGCAUGUAUACGAGAACCGGGGCACCAUCGGAGGCACUGUGGCCAGGAAACCCAACGCCUUGGAGAGAAGAAUGUUUGCUCAGGCGAGUACUUACUGGGUUCAAGCUUGAUGAAAUUUUAUUUAAGAAAGAGAUGGGAAGGUAUUGGUUCUCAAAUAGAGUGGUAGGUUAAUGGAAUGGACUCAGUAAUCAGGUUGUUAGUGCUGAGUCAUUAGGGAGCUUCAAAAAAAGAUUAGAAAUAGGUAGGUAUGUUUCCUGUAGGGACUGCCACGUGUAGGCCUGAUGACUUCUUGCAGCUUCCCUUAUUUUCUUGUCCUUAUGAUCUUAUGCUCCUCUCCUUAUAUUCUUAUGCUCCUCUGGGCGAAAGCUUCUAAUUCUUGACGGAAUGCAAAUUACUAUGGUUUUUAUUAUUAGUGUUCUUGGGAAGUGUGGAAAACUCCCUCGGCUCAACUUUCUUGUUGUUUUAUAAAGACGAAUGGUUUGAGUUGACAUAGCGGAAAGUAUGUUCUUGGGAGGUGUGGAAAUUCAAACUCCUCUGGUCAACUUCCUUAUUGACUAUAGAGAGGAACAGUUUGAGUUGACGUGGUGGAAGGUGUUGUUAGUGUUCUUGGGAAGUUUGGGAAACUCCGUCGGGUCAACUUUCGUAUUGACUGUAGAGAGGAAUAGUUUGAGUUGACGUGGUGGAUAGUAUACACACCCACCGUUGUUGAUGAUAAUAAUAAUAAAAUAAUAAUACCGCUAAUGAACGACUCUCACUGGAGGAAUCAUAAUACGUUAAAAUUUUACCAGUGUUCACUUCACACAGAGGCGGUGGGAGGACGUACCCAACGCUACUGAAGUUCAAGAUAAGCUAUACAUCUCCUCUGGGUUUCCUCUGUACCCUUAAAACCUUCCCGGAGUACGAAAAGGAGUUACUUCAUUAAUUUUAACACACUGUUGACUUUGUUGUCGAGAACGUAGGGAUGAAAACUCACCUCUUGUAAUUCUGUUAUGUAUGGAGAAAGCUGUGUAGUUAUAGAGUAUAAGACUGCGUGCUGCUUCAGAAAUGUCAGUGUAACCAAGAAUAUGUUGCAUUUCAUUUUGUCUUCUGUUCUUCUGACUCGUUCUUUUCAGAGGAAGAAAAUUGUUUAUUUGUAGAACUCAUAUCAGUCUGCGUGUUGCUUUUAAAAAUGCCAGUGAUUGUAACUAAAAAUAUGAUGCGCUUCAGUUUCUCUUCUCUUCUCCUCCUGACUCUUAUUCUCUUCCGUGAGAAUUACAAAAAUGACCUCUUGAUCUCUGUAUUUAUAGAACUCUCAUUAAAUUCAAGAAUAUGUCGCACUUCAGUUUCUCUUGUAUUUUCCUCCUGACCUUUGUUCCUAUCCCCAGCAGUGUGCCAAGUUCGCAUGCCCAAGUCACGCAGAGUGUUCCUGUUGUUCUAAAAUGCAUGCAUCUUCGCUUAAUAUUUGUUUUUCAUGAAGACUUUCCUUUUUUUCCACCCCAACUUCCUCCUCCGUCGUAAGCUAUUUGGUUUUAAAUUAGAAUUCCGAUUGUGGUGUCUCGUGUCUCAUUUUUGGAAGGUUCCAUUAGAGAGAGAGAGAGAGAGAGAGAGAGAGAGAGAGAGAGAGAGAGAGAGAGAGAGAGAGAGAGAGAGAGAGAGAGAGAGCGGUGAAAUAUUUAUUGUGCAGUGAAUGGAUAUUCGUCACAGCGACACAAACAGGAUAAAAUGUUGGCGGCGUGAACUGCUGUGGCCUGCGUGGCGUAACCGAAUUAUUGGGCCUCUUGAUGAAUGUUUGCAGGCACAGGAGGAAGUUGUUCGUUACCUGACGACAAGAGGGCAGCACCACUACUCCCGUGUGGACUGCGGUGACAUUCGGUACCGCCUGCUGCCGACGGCGGGUUUGGAAGUGGAGGUAAUGUGCAGCAAGUCCUCUUCACCCGAGGCUGAGAGGGUCGUGCUGUUGCUUCCCUUCCAACACAGCCGCGUGCUGCGCCACACACACGUCGCUGCCGCACAAGUGUUGGGCGUCAUCGUGCCGCUCCAAGGACUAGUCGAGGCUCUGGAGAGGCUCGUAACGAAUUUCCGAGAGGUGGUACAGGACAGCGACCUGCGAGUUGUCCUCAGUAUCGUUUAUUUUGACGACCAGCACACACUUGAGGCAGCGGCAGCACUGGAAGCCGCCCGUGGCACAGAGGGUUUGCAAACGCAAUUCACUGUUCUCACUGGGGAAUUCUCACGUUCGAGGGGUGUUAACGUCGGCGUGGAGGCGAUGACGAGCGAUGUGGAGAUUGUGUUCCUGUGUGACGUGGAUGUCUCGGUCACGCGGGACUUCCUGGUGCGGUGCCUCGCUUCUCCCGCCCAGGGACGUGAGGUGUUCUUUCCGGUGUUAUUUUCGCAGCACAACCCGAUCCUGACGUACGCGGCGCGGGGUUUGAGGGCGCGGCACUCUGGCGCCGUGAAGCUCAAAGACAACCACGGCUUCUGGCGACUCUGGGGCUUCGGAAUGGUGUGCCUGUACAGGACAGACUACCUCACGAUCAAUGGGUUUGACUCUCUCCUGGAUGGCUGGGGCGGGGAAGACCUCCGCUUCGCCCGCCGAGUCUCCAACAUGAAGUACACGAUAACAAGGUCUCUGGAUCACGGCCUCCGCCACCAUUACCACCCAAAGGACUGCAGCCGCGUGGGAAAGGGACAAAGGGCGCCAUGUCUGCGGGCGCAGGCGAUGUGCGAGGCAUCAGGACAGACGUUUGGAUUGUGGUACUUCAAACACAAACACAACACGUCUAUGUGGGAGACGCUGAAAGAUCACCAAGAGAUACAGGAAGAAGAAACAGAAGGCGGAAAUGAAAGACAAAAGGAGAAAGAGGCGAUAGAAGAUGAGAGAUGAAAAGGAAGAGGAAAAGAAUCCAAUGACAGUAAUAGAAUAUCAACAUAAGGUUCUGAAAGUGGUGCUUCUGGUGAUGGUCGCUCUGAACCUUGUAUCAUUGUGUAGCUGUGUGGCGUUCACUCAUGUCUAUCGCUGCCGCUGCGCCACACACACUUAACCUGAUAUUGGCUAGUUAUGUGGCGGGUCAAGUGUCCCCGAGCACCUUCACCUUAGUUGAGUGGAAGGAAAAUUGUAUUCAUCGACACUCGUACAAGCGUGAUAAGUGUGAAUUUCGUGUUACAUUACUUAAACUUUAUCACAUUCAGCACCACACACGUCCCUGCAGUAAGACUCGUGUGCCUGAGUUGGUUAGAUAAGUGGUUGAUGAUUUUGUUCUUUGAUAGAGUUUGGUGUGUUCAAAGAGACAGAAUUUAUUCCAUUAAGGUAUUAUUUGAGGGGGAUUUGAAUGUUUGUAUCGUUUUCGUUCUGAGUUCCUUCAUGGCAUGAUGAAUAUUUGGACAUUAAACAUUCUGUGGAUAUGUAAACGUUGAAAAUUCUGUUGGAUUUAUUUGUUUUGAAUCAUCUUGAACAAUUACUUUUUAAAUUAGCUUUGUCUUCCAUACUGAAGGCAUCACUGCAGCCAGAGAAGGUAGUACCGUUUUCCUUCAAUAAUGCACCGUGUGGCAAAGUAAGAUAUACAAAAAAAAAAUCGUAAAAUUAAGUAUAUUUACCCAUGUUUAUAUAUUUCUUUCCUAUCAACUGCUAAUGAAUUUCUGUGCCAUACCAUCAAUUCAAUAAACAUUU